AUGGGAAAGGACGAUUGCUCCCCAGAUCAAGUUCCGGGUGCUUCAAGCGAAAAGGCCGCACAGACUGGCCCCCCGGACAAGGCGCCACCGCACCGUCGGCUUUUCCUCAACCAGCAGCGUGCCCUCGCUACAGUUCAGAGGGAGUAUAGAAUCGGCAAUAGCAUCGUGAUAGAGGGCGAAAUAGGGGUCGGGACUCAAGACUCUCGAGAUCCAUGCAGAUGCCUGGAAAACUUUGAGGGAGGGUUUCAGGCGCUCGCUGGAAAGGCCAAGGCGAGUUUUGGCAGUGCGCCGCCCUUCCUCCGACAUGAUCCCUACCAGGAAUCGGGACGCCGUAUGCGUCUUGCGACAAGAAGAGAGAACUUGGAGCAGUUCGAAAAGUGGUUCGAAGACGAAAGACAGAUGUGGUGUGUUAUCGUGGACCGAGCGGACGACGAAGAGCUGCUACUCAGAAGUGAAAUCAAUGCCUCCAUGAAUCGGCUGGGGAUGGCGGAAUACCUCCCUCGAGGCAGAAACGUGUUCCAUGUCUUCACAACAAGGAAAAUUGUAAUCUUUGGCGAUGGCUUCAGGGGAUCAAUUCGUUCUGUGCGCCUACAAUCGCCAAGCAUGAUGGAUGCCAUCACCCUUUUGCAGGACCAUGGAGGUAUUGACCGCAACGUGGAAAUGUCGAAAAGGCUCGUUACCGCGCUGAAAUUCAACCCUCUUGCUAUCCGAGAGAUCGAUGAUAGCCGGAAAUGCACGCUCUGGACACUAUUACAUACGACCAUGAGUCUUCCGAUCAACAAGAAACAAGCAAUGGAUAGAAUUGCGGACCCAAACCGGUCUGCCGUGCUUCAAGCACUCGAGGAAACUGAAGCUUAG